UUUGGGCUCGUUCCUUUUGCUUGAAAAGGAGACAGCUUUACUAAUAAGUCAGUAAACCUUUCACUUCCCCUGCAUCUUUCCAGCCUCUUCUCUCUCCGGUACUCCAUGGCCAGUGCCACCACAGCCGCCGCUGCUGCCGCUUCGGAGCUCCCUCUGAAAGACCGGGUGGCCAUCGUCACUGGCUCCUCCCGCGGGAUCGGCCGAGCCAUUGCCCUUCACCUUGCCUCCCUCGGCGCCAAGGUCGUCGUCAACUAUACCUCCCCCGGCUCCUCUGCCCAGGCCGAUGCUGUCGCUGCGGAGAUCAACUCCUCAUCCCCCGGCUCCGCUGUCUCCGUCCGUGCUGACGUCUCGGACUCGGACCAGGUGAAGUCCCUCUUCGACGCCGCCGAGGAGACCUUCAAGUUGCCGAUAUACGUCCUGGUGAACUCCGCCGCCGUCCAUGACUCCAAGUACCCCACCCUCGCCAACACCUCUGUCGACGACUUCGACAAGACCUUCAGUGUCAAUGCAAGAGGAGCAUUCUUGUGCUGCAGAGAGGCGACAAACCGGCUGAAGCGGGGUGGCGGAGGCAGGAUCAUAAUGCUGUCCUCGUCAUUGGUGGGUUCCCUGAGGCCGAAUUCGUCCGCGUACACUGCCUCGAAGGCGGCUGUGGAGACGAUGGUUAAGAUCCUGGCCAAGGAGCUCAAGGGCACCUGCAUCACCGCCAACUCCGUUGCGCCAGGCCCCAUUGCGACCGAGAUGUUCUUUGCAGGGAAGACUGAGGAGAUGAUCAAUAAGUCGAUCGACCGGUGCCCACAUGGGCGGCUCGGCGAGACCAAGGACGUCGCCCCUCUUGUCGGGUUCUUGGCCACCGAUGCCGCGGAAUGGGUCAAUGGACAGGUGAUUAGGGCUAAUGGUGGCGCAUUUGUGUAGGUCGAUUGAUUCAAGCUCAGGACUAUGUCAUUCUUGUAUAAAGGAUCGCCUGAAAUGUGCGACCUUUGCUUUUGGGAUUCUCUGUCUCUUUCUAUGUCUGAUUGGUAUGCUAAUCCAUCAGUUCUUCGAA